AUGGAUCCACCUCCUUCUAGUUCCAGCUCAUUUGAUCUCCUGCUAAGUUCGCCGCAGAUAGCUCAUCACAACUCUACAUACUUUGACAAAUUUCAUUCCAAACUAUCUGCGGCACACUCGUAUAUCAAUGCAAGACGGCCACAGUUUUUUCAUUUAUCGGAGUCGAAUUUGGGGUUGUUUUAUUUGUUGAUAACUCAGGCAUUCAAUGCGGUGAUGGUUACCACUUGCAAGUUGUUGGAAAUGGAUAAACUGUUUGCAAAACCCAUCCAUCCUCUUCAAAUUUUGUUCGUACGAAUGGUGGUGACAUACGUUUGUUGUGUGAUAUACAUGUAUUUCAACAAGUCGAUCCCAGACGCUCCGUUCGGACCGAAAGAAAUAAGACCGUUGUUGGUGGUUCGUGGCGCCGUGGGUUUUUUUGGAGUGUUUGGUCUCUACUAUUCGCUCAUGUAUCUCACAUUAUCGGAUGCUGUAGCCAUCACUUUUUUGGUGCCUAUGGUGACAGCAUUUUUGGCGUACAUGUUGCUCCGCGAGAGAUAUUCCAUCCUCGAGGGAGCCUGCUCGCUAUUCUCAUUGGUGGGUGUAUUGCUUAUUGCAAAACCAAAUUUUCUUUUUGGUGAGGCUGCGAAAAGUAACGAUGAACUGUUGGAAUCCAGCUCCACAGAAAAGAGGCUCAUUGCUACGGGCCUCGGUCUCUUGGGAGUCCUAGCAUCGUCUUCCGUAUACAUUAUUCUUCGGAAGAUUGGCAUGAAUGCUCAUCCUCUAAUCACCGUUAGUUACCAUUCACUGGUGACCGCCGUCAUGAGCGGAUUUGGCCUUUUGGCCGUACCUUCUCUUUCGUUUGUGUUCCCUAAAACCGCCAAGCAAAUCUUCUAUUUUUUGUUGAUUGGAAUCUUUGGUUUUGCUAUGCAAAUAGCUUUGGCUGCUGGAGUGCAAAGAGUCAAGGCGUCGAAAGCUGCUCUCACAAGUUACACUAGCAUGAUAUUCUCGUUGAUCUGUGAUCUUGUGGUAUUUGGACAUGUUCCUGGCUGGUUGAGUCUUACUGGAAUUGUGGUGAUUAUGGUGAAUGCAUUCGUGGUGAUCAAAUACAAACCGGAAGACACCGAUACCCAGUAUACCAGCAUACCACUAGAAGAGUUUGAUAUUGAGGAGGAAGAACCAUAG